CGAGCUAGAAAAGCCAUAUUGGUUUCUUUAGGGUAAGUAUAAUAAGGGCCACGCUUCCCGUUUUCUUUAGCCAAGACGUCUGAUUUUUCCAUCAAUUAUAGUUCACAUUCCAAACUAUGAAAGACGUGAGUUCACAGCUACCUCUCUGGGUGAUUCCAGAGGAAGACGAGAUUCUGGAUCUGCCGCACACCAAAGAACAACCUUCAGCAAUGAGGAAAGCCACUACAGAAGUGGAGGAAAAGCCUAGCUUAUGGCUCCUUGUUACCCUCUUUGCACUUUCGCUCUUGCUAUUUUACGACCAGAAGCCGGAUCACUCAAGACCCGCACUUUCAGAAGAGCGCGGCGAUUCGAAGACCUCGUUAAGAUUUGACACACAGGAGAUUUGUCCAGUUUACAAGGUUAUCAGACCAAAGUCAUAUAUCCAAGACCCGAAACCUUUGCUCCGUAUCCUUCGGGAUCCCCUUUUCAGGAACGCUUCCGCUGAGAAACUUAGUGGCGCAGUGCAAAUAGAUACCACAGUGGGAGAUGGUUGGCCAGACGUGCGCGACGAUCCUAAACGGUGGGAAUUCUUUUCUCUGUUUCACGUGUACUUGAAGCUGACAUUUCCGCUUUUGCACGAUACCCUCAGUUUGGAGAAGGUAAACACGUACGGGCUAUUAUACACCUGGCACGGAUCAGACUCGAUAUUGAAGCCGGUAACCUUUAUGGCACAUCAGGACGUAGUGCCAGUUCAGAAUUUCACCAUAUCUGAUUGGACCUAUCCACCCUUUUCGGGAAAAGUUGUCAAUAACACAGCUGUGUGGGGCCGGGGGUCUUCUGAUUGCAAGAACCUGUUGGUAGCUGUAUUGGAAGCAGUGGAGCUAUUAAUUUCUCAGGGGUUCAAGCCUAGAAGAACGGUCCUAUUGUCCUUUGGCUUUGACGAGGAAACUACUGGUGCAAAUGGUGCCAAACAGUUGGCCAAGGUAUUGACUGACCGGUAUAAUUCCUUGUACGCUAUUAUUGACGAAGGGGCUGGGCUCUUUCCCGUGCCUAACCCAAAGGACGGUACUAAGAAAUGGUUUGCCAUUCCUGGGACAUCUGAAAAGGGAUCCUUAGACGUGGCUAUUGAUUUAACCACAGAGGGGGGUCAUUCAUCAGUUCCUCCGGCUCAUACAUCUAUUGGUAUAAUGGGCGAAUUAGGAUACUUGCUAGAGUUACAUCCCUACGAGGCCUCAUUAUCAGAUCCCAAGAACCCUAUGCUUUUGUUGAUGCAGUGCAUGGGAAAGUACUCGCCGGAGAACUCGCUUCCUGAAAGUUUGCGGAGGGACAUGAUCCACGUGGGACACUCUGAUACGGCAAGACAGCGGGUUUUGAAAUUUCUCUCCUCCAACCCGGCGUAUCUGAGCUUAGUGAAAACUACGCAAGCCCUUGUAGUCAUCAAUGGGGGUGAGAAGAAUAAUGCCUUGCCUGAGCAUGUUCGUCUUGUCGUAAACCAUCGCAUUUCUACGGACGAGACGGUGGGUUCUACGAUAGAACAUCUCUUGGAAGUUGUACAAAGCAUUGCCGACAAGUACCAUUAUCCCGUUUACUACGACAACAAAACAGUAAGUCUGCAAAAAUUCCGCAUUGAAAAUGCCGACUAUAAGUCCCUGGGGUCCUCAUGGGGAGAAUUUAACAUUACAAUCCUUGAUUCCCUUGAACCAGCCCCGAUCUCUCUGACAAGAGACGACGUUUGGAAAGUACUUGCUGGAACUACCAGACACGUCUUUGAGGAUGCUGUCUUUAAUGCUGAUACUUUGUUUGGCUGUCUGAUGACUACAGAUUCAGUUAUCGUGUCACCGGCAUUGAUGCCAGCCAACACUGACACACGGUACUACUGGAACCUUACUCCAAAUAUUUACCGCUUUACUCCCGGCACCUCUCUGUUCAAUGAGGCAAACAUACACAGCGUGGAUGAGCAUAUGGAUAUCGAUUCACAUUUACAGCUUUUGGCUUGGUACUACGAAUACAUCCAGAAUGUGGAUGAAGCGGCCUAGAUUGCUGUAUUUUUGGAUGUCAGACAGUUUAGGAAGCGUUUAGGAGACUUUUUUUCUUCUACUUUAUAUGUAUAAGGAAUGAACUAGGGGCGGCAUAGGUAAGCAAAUAGAAGUGGUAUCGACUCAGAGACACAUUUCUGAACGCGGAAAUCCCGCCUUACGCUCUUCUGCAUGCCGAACUAAUAGACCAGAUGAACCGUUUAGCUGGCACUAGUUUUAGCCUAGAAUUAAUGCAAAAAUUCCAUACCCAUCGAGCUAGUGCCAACUGUCCUGCAUGUAUAUGACCUUAUUGGAUGACUAUUAUAGCCUAGAUCCCCAAACACGUG